UGCCACCACCACUGCCGCUGCUGUUGCUGCUGCUGCUGCUGCUCUGCCCUGUGCCGCUGUCACUUCCAGUUCCUACUUCUGCGAUCCAGGUCCGGGUCAUCGCUUCCCCGCUGCUGGCCGGGUCUCUCCAGGCUUCUCUCCCUCCCGGGUUCUGGCUCCAGGCAGCAGAACUGGGUCUGGAGGAACCCUGCGGCCAGGCUCCCACUGGCCACCCCGCUUCCCUCCUGUGGCCGCCCCACAGGGGCACGCCUCCCGCAGCCUGGGAUCGGAGCUCUAGAGAGAGAACUUGAAGGCAAGAAUCUGACUUCCCUCUUCAUUAAAUAAAUAAAUAAAUACAUAAAAUCCUUUGCCUGGGAAGCUUGGAAGCUCAGCAAGGAGUUUGGAGACGGGCGCCCCCUCCUCGCGCGUCCAGGAGCAAAGUUGCAGCCGCCCCUCCCUGCCGGCCAUACCAGCAGGCUCUCCAGUUUCGUCCUGGUGGCAGCCGCGCGGGGCAGGGUCCCAGCUCCAUCUGGGGACAGUGCUUCCCGCAGCCUUGGCACAGGCUGGCGGCGCUCGGCGGCCCCGUGACUCGGAAGGGCGAGCCACUUCCAAGGAGGAGGCUAGAGGGAUCUAGCAGCAGGAGGACAAGCGAGCCAAGCCAGGUAUUUGAGCCUGAUGACCUUUAUUCAGGGAUCAAUUUCUCCAAGGUUCUGAGUACUCUUUUAGCUGUCAACAAAGCAACAGAAGAUCAGCUAUCAGAAAGACCAUGUGGACGGUCCUCUUCUCUUAGCGCUCCCAACGGCUCGCCGACAACCCCCCAGGCAGCAGUUCCCAGCACAGCUCCAGCGCAGCAGAGCCAGGCAAAGGCUGUGGAGAUGACGGAAAAUGGAAGUCACCAGUUGAUAGUAAAGGCAAGAUUCAACUUCAAGCAGACUAAUGAAGAUGAAUUGUCAGUCUGUAAAGGGGACAUCAUUUACGUCACUCGAGUUGAAGAAGGAGGCUGGUGGGAAGGCACACUGAAUGGGAGAACAGGAUGGUUCCCUAGUAAUUAUGUCCGCGAAAUUAAACCAAGUGAGAGACCUCUGUCCCCUAAAGCUGUCAAAGGAUUUGACACUGCUCCGCUUACCAAGAAUUACUACACUGUGGUGUUACAGAACAUCUUGGACACUGAAAAAGAAUAUGCCAAAGAACUUCAGUCUCUUCUCGUUACUUAUCUAAGACCCUUGCAGUCUAAUAACAACCUUAGUACUGUGGAGUUUACAUGUUUAUUGGGAAACUUUGAAGAAGUAUGCACAUUUCAACAGACACUCUGCCAAGCCUUGGAAGAAUGUUCAAAGUUUCCAGAAAACCAGCACAAAGUAGGAGGCUGUCUACUGAACCUCAUGCCUCAUUUUAAAUCAAUGUACCUGGCUUACUGUGCAAAUCAUCCUUCAGCUGUCAACGUGCUCACCCAGCACAGUGAUGAUCUAGAACGAUUCAUGGAAAACCAAGGUGCAUCCAGCCCGGGUAUCCUCAUUUUAACAACAAGCCUCAGCAAACCAUUCAUGCGACUGGAAAAGUAUGUUACUCUUUUGCAAGAGCUGGAGCGACAUAUGGAGGACACUCAUCCGGAUCAUCAGGACAUUCUGAAAGCAAUCAUAGCAUUCAAAACCCUCAUGGGGCAGUGCCAAGAUCUGAGAAAGAGAAAACAACUGGAAUUGCAGAUCCUUUCAGAACCUAUUCAGGCAUGGGAAGGAGAUGAUAUUAAGACCCUGGGAAAUGUCAUCUUUAUGUCACAAGUAAUGGUGCAGUAUGGAACCUGUGAGGAAAAAGAAGAACGAUAUUUCAUGCUGUUUUCAAAUGUCUUGAUAAUGUUGUCUGCAAGUCCUCGGAUGAGUGGCUUUAUCUAUCAGGGAAAAAUACCACUAGCGGGGAUGGUGGUGGCUAGAUUAGAUGAAAUUGAAGGGAAUGAGCACGCAUUUGAAAUCACAGGUAAUGUGGUAGAGAGAACUGUGGUCUAUUGCAACAAUAGCCAGGACUUCCAGGAAUGGCUGGAGCAGCUGAACAGAUUGACCAGAGGACCAGCCUCUUGCAGUUCAUUAUCUAAGACCUCAUCAUCAUCAUGUAGUGCUCAUUCUUCUUUUAGCUCUACUGGACAGCCCCGAGGACCCUUGGAGCCUCCUCAAAUUAUAAAACCGUGGAGUUUAAGUUGCCUACGACCUGCACCUCCACUUAGACCAUCAGCAGCACUAGGUUAUAAAGAGAGGAUGUCUUAUAUCUUAAAGGAAUCUAGUAAGAGCCCCAAAACAAUGAAGAAGUUUCUUCACAAAAGAAAGACGGAGAGAAAAGCAUCUGAGGAAGAAUACGUGAUUAGGAAAAGUACAGCUGCUCUGGAAGAGGAUGCUCAGAUUCUUAAGGUGAUCGAAGCCUACUGCACCAGCGCCAGUUUUCAACAAGGUACUCGGAAGGAUUCUGUACCGCAAGUUCUACUCCCUGAGGAAGAGAAACUCAUUAUUGAAGAAACCAGAAGUAACGGGCAGACCAUCAUUGAAGAAAAGAGCCUUGUUGAUACUGUUUAUGCCUUGAAGGAUGAGGUCAAAGAACUGAAGCAGGAGAAUAAGAGAAUGAAGCAAUGCCUGGAAGAAGAAUUGAAGUCGAGGAAGGACCUAGAAAAACUGGUCCGGAAGCUGUUGAAGCAAACAGAUGAGUGCAUUCGAGCUGAAUCCAGCAGCAAGAGCCCCAUCCUCCCAUAACCAUCACUGUGCCGUUGAGCACUGAGCACAGGGCCUUCAGCACUUGCUGAGUUGGCCAGCUGAAUGAUUUGACUGUGCACUUCAGCUUUUGCUGUGUUGGGAUCUUUCUUUCUUUUCUCUCUCUCUCUCUCUCUCUCUCUCUCUCUCUCUCUCUCUCUCUCUCUCUCCUGCCCACCUCUGUUUGCUUGAGUGUUUGUUACUUGGUUAUCAAUUGAUUGAUAUUUGUCUUAACAGGGGAAACAGCCUGGGGUGGUGAUAAAAUGGCCCCAAUAUUUUGCUAUGCCCAACAGCCCUUCACUACCUAAUUUGCUGAAGACAAAGCUUCUCAGGCUAUGUCUAGAGUAGGUGAAAAUGGACACCUUUGCCCUUUCCUGGACUCUCACAUGGCCCCCUCAAUCCUUUACAAAUGAUUUCCCUGUGUUGUCUGUAAAGACCAAGAGCAGUGUCGUGCCCUGCUUCCUUUUGUGCUGGUGUCCAUUUCAAGUCAGCGGAGUUGGAACUCCAACUGUCCAUACCAGCACCAAGUCCAUCAGCAAACUGCUUCAGGCAAUCCCCCUCAGCAGCAGGGCAAAGCAGCUAUUCCUAGUGCACUGUAGCUUGACAGCCCAGCCUUCUGCCUCUGUGUGAGUUUUCUACCUCCCCCUCCCCCACGCUUUUAACCAGCCAUAGCAAGGGGUGUGUGAACUAGUGUGGAUGUGCUUCGCUUAUUUUGUCAGUUACUACGAGCAGUGACUUUCCCUUGAAUAUUCAAACUACAGCCUUUUCAUCUGUCUAAACAACCUGGGGGACAAGAUCCCGUGCCCUAGUAUACGCUUUCCAUCCCAUCUCAUCAAGCUCUGGUUUGUGCAGUGAGCAAUUGGAAUCAUCAUUGGUCUCUUUGGAGUAGGCCUUGAAUAUGAUGAACCAGUUUGUAUAUCCUGAGUGAAAGGGCCCCUCUACUAGCUGUUCUGCUUUCUAGUGAUGCUGAUUGUCUGAAACUAGAUUGCACAAGUUGUUUAUAAUGUCAAACUAUUGACCCUGUAAGGAGUUGAGAAAUCUGAACUGUGAGAAAGCAGAUUUAGAAGAGAGCCCCAGGAGAACACUGUACGCCUAAAUUCAACACAAGUCAAAAUGGACCAAGGCUGCAGGAUGGAGCAGCGCAGCUCCUGCCUACCUCCUCAGAUGACAGGGCAAUUGGGCCAGAUGGCAAAGUCGCUUUAAAGAGAGACAGAAAACGAAUGAAGUCUAUAUGUAUAUUUGAUGGGUGCCCUGUAAGUGCUGGUUCAAAACCAAACCUGAGUCCUGAAAUCUUGUUGAGGAGCCCUUUUGCUUUCUGGUAUGGAAGCUCUCACAGUUUCCAUAAUUUCAUGGUACAGGGCUAUUGUCUCCUGCUACAUGGAUGACAUUAUAGCACCCACAGAAAAUGGAGAAUUCCUGAAGUCCAACCCCAGACAAUUGCACAAAGCCAUCCUGGCAGCUUUAGUGAUGGUUUCUGAGAAUGGCUGUCCCGUUUCUAUGAGACAUCUUUCAUGUAAAAAUUUAAAAUAAGAAACAACAAUAGCAACCCAGAUGUUCACAUGUGUCCUGCCUGUGCUUAGUCAAUAGUUUGCAAUAAAUGCAAAUUUUACACUUUAGUGAUUACCAAAUAAUUUAGUUGAUUACUUAGGACAUUGAAAGGUCUCUAAAAGGAUGUGUACAUAUGCAUGUUUGGGGACUUUGCCCUUCUGAGGAGAGGCCCUUGGUACUUGGGAUAAUGAAACUCGUGCAGUGGGCUGCCCUCGCUUACACACUAAAUAGUAUAAAGGAAAUGAAGCCAUGUUAACCCGACAGCCGUGUCUCCAUAGUUAUGUUGUUUACAGUGCUCUACAAAUGGGUUCCUGUUCCUCUGUAAUUAAACUGCUGCCCUUAGAGGCCUUUCAGUUUCUUCUCUGUCUUGUCCCUUCUUACAGGAACUCAAAUUUUCUAAACUUGUUUUUAUUUUAAAGACUUUUAAAAUGGACAUUUUCAAUAAACAAGAAUAAACAGUGCUUUAUAAAUAA